CCGCGCGCAGGGAUUUUAAAUGUCCCGCUCUAAGCCGGGCGCAGGAGCAGCCGGCUCGGCCGCCAGCGCGGUGUAGGGGGCAGGCGCGGAUCCCGCCACCGCCGCGCGCUCGGCCCGCCGCCGCCUCCCGCCUCCCGGCUUCCAGCUCGCCUGCUGCCUCCUGCCUCGGCUGGGCUCGUGCGCGCCUGCUUGCCGCGGAGACGGCUUCGGGCCUGAGGUUGGAGCUCGAGCCCUUCGCCAUGCCGAGGGAGAGGAGGGAGAGGGAUGCGAAGGAACGGGGCGCUGUGAAGGAGGAAGGUGGCACGGAUUUCUCUGUUCGCUCCAGGAAAAGGAAGGCAAAUGUGGCCGUUUUUUUGCAGGAUCCAGAUGAAGAAAUUGCCAAAAUUGACAGGACCGUGAGAGGCCAGUGUGGCAGCAGUCAGUCUUGGGACAGUAACACAGUCUGUGCAAACCCCUGUUCCUUGAUCCCCACACCUGACAAAGAGGAGGAUGAACUGGUGUACCCGACUCCGACAUACAAGCCUCAGAUCACGCCGUCUAGGGCCUCCCCACUGCCUCUACUGAACUGGGCAAAUCGAGAGGAGGUCUGGAAGAUCAUGCUGAACAAGGAGAAGACGUACCUGCGGGACCAGCACCUGCUGCAGCGGCACCCUCUCCUGCAGCCUCACAUGCGCGCCAUCCUCCUGGACUGGCUGAUGGAGGUUUGUGAAGUCUAUAAACUUCACAGGGAGACGUUCUACUUGGCACAGGAUUUCUUUGAUCGGUAUAUGGCAACACAAGAAAACGUUGUGAAAACACUUCUACAGCUUAUUGGAAUUUCAUCUUUAUUUAUUGCAGCCAAACUUGAGGAAAUCUAUCCUCCAAAGUUGCACCAGUUUGCUUAUGUUACAGAUGGGGCUUGUUCAGGAGAUGAAAUUCUUACCAUGGAAUUAAUGAUUAUGAAGGCUCUUAAGUGGCGCUUAAGUCCCCUGACCAUUGUGUCCUGGCUGAAUGUGUACCUGCAGGUCGCAUAUCUGAACGACUUAUAUGAAGUGCUCUUGCCACAGUAUCCCCAGCAGAUCUUUAUUCAGAUUGCAGAGCUCUUAGAUCUCUGUGUCCUGGAUGUGGACUGCUUAGAAUUUUCCUACGGGGUGCUCGCUGCUUCUGCCUUGUAUCAUUUCUCUUCGUCUGAACUGAUGCAAAAGGUUUCAGGGUAUCAGUGGUGUGACAUAGAGCACUGUGUCAAAUGGAUGGUCCCGUUUGCCAUGGUCAUCAGGGAGACCGGCAGCUCGAAGCUGAAGCACUUCAGGGGGGUUCCUGCGGACGAUGCACACAACAUCCAGACCCACAGGGACAGCUUGGACUUGCUGGACAAAGCCCAAGCAAAGAAAGCCAUACUGUCUGAACAGAAUAGGAUUUCUCCUGUGCCCACUGGGGUCCUCACCCCACCACACAGCAGUAAGAAGCAGAGUGGUGAGCAGGGGACAGUGUGACCUCCAGCCUUGUCUACCAAAGCCGGCUCUGUGGGAGUGCCCGCUCCACCCCUGUCUGCUGUGGUGGAGGCCUGCACCAGCUUCACGGGUGUUUGAAGGGAAGAGUGCAUCUCUUCCACAACAGAUAUAUUUCUGCAGAUGGCAUGGGACAGGGAGAAGUGGUUUUUUUAUAUUGAAUGCUUAGAUUUUUUAAUAAGUGGGUCAAGUACGCCAGCCACCUCCAGAUCACCAACGAGUGUUCCAGAUGCUGCUAAGGAGGGUGAUACUUGACCAGUGGACUGUUCACCACACACAAGGCUGGGAGCUGCAGAGCGCCACUGUUGCUGUGGGCCUCCCUCAGGGCUUCUGGCUCUCCUGGGACUCAGUGGAGCAGGUGGUUGUGAGCAGUUGUGAUGCCCAGCCCACAGCCAGCCGGGUGGGCGCCUGGCCUUCCCACACUGGCAGUUGGCAAUGUACAAUGCCUUGUAUGAACUCUUGUUUUGUAAGUGCUGCUAUGUCUACCCAUUUUUUAAUAAAGAUAAUACUGUCUUUGAGACAGCUGGUUUUACGAGCUAUGUCUGGUAACUUAAGUUAGAGGUCAGCUUUCAGGGUGGCUGUGUCAAGUUCUCUGUUGGACUUCAUGCUUCUUGAAGCUUGAGUCUUUUCAAACAAAUGCAGUUAAAAGCAAACUUGGGAAGCAAGCUUCAGAGGCGGCUUUCUGGGCUGUCUACUGAGGCUCCCUGAGCUGGGGGUGAGGAUGCACCUGGCAUUCCUCCCACAGUGCCUGGCAUCAGUGGCCAUCACAGCAGUUGUGAAAUUACUUCACAAGGGCUGGUUCAAGGUCAUAAAGAAUCUGUAAUUAGUAUUAUCCUUACUCAAAUCUUAGCCAUCUUAAUUGAAUUUUUGUUUGGAGAACUUAGCAUGGUAGCCUAACAGUAUGCUUUUAAGAAGAACAUGCAAAGUAAAACUUUACAUUGUUCAAGGGUGUGAUGUCAUGACGGUCCAUUCCCUAUUGAUGGAAUCAGCAAGUGCCUUUGCUAACGGUCACUGUCCACCCGCAGGCCCUGUGCACACGGCUUGCCUCACAUUGGUUGAGCAUUCUCCAAGUGGUAUUGUUGAGUCUAAGUCUCACUUUCUAACAAUGCUUCCGCGUGUGUGGGGCGUACACAAGGCAGGGUGAGUGAACAAAUAAAUACCACUUAUUUUCAACAUGGCAUUUUAUCUCAUUUUGUAAAAAUCUGUUUAAAGUAAAAAGAAAAACAGCGAUUUUAAAUCCGUCCCACAUUUACAUGAAGUUGGAGAGACACCCUGACUUUUGGCACUGAUGU